AUGAGAUUUUUAUUUUUAACAAACACUUGCAGCAUCGAUUCUGCUUUAUUUGCUAUAUACGUUAUAUUUUGGACCGAAUCAUCAAUAAAAAGUGUUAUUUUAAACUCCGAAACUGAACCGUUUCUGUCUCUCCGCAAAACUUUUGCAUUGGUUGAAUCGAACGGUUGGGACGAGGCAAAAUUAUAUUGGCUUACCAGUCAUAGUAUUCUCACUCAUCAACAGUCCAAUCAAUAUAACAUAUAUGGAUCUGUUGAUAACAAUGUAUUGCGUUUCAUUAAAAAUCCUGUUCAACUCUAUAAGAACAAAAGUAUUUGCUCACGUCAGGACUGUUCGACACGUGAAAGUACAGAAAAUGUUAAUUUAUCUCUCAAGUGUUCGGAAACAUCUAUUCCAAAGUUUUCGAGUAUAACCAACUCUCGUUGUGGUAACUUCGCAAAAAGACUCCAUAAAAUUUCAAUCAAAGAAGCAAUUCAAUUGGGAUAA